AUGAGUGACUCUGAAGAAGAAUAUGAAGGAGAUCAAAUCCCAUCAGGCGAUGAAUCUAUAGAUGGAAAUGACAUAAGCGAUGAAGAAGGUUGUCACCUGAAUGUAGACUCUGGAAAACAUUAUGAGAAUGAUUCUCGUAGGUUCGAAAACAGUAAAAUUUCAUCAGAUGAAACUUGGUCAAACCAAUCUUUACCUUUCUAUAACUUACCUUUCACGCAGAACGUUGAGCCAAAGAAUAUUCCUGAUACUGUCAGAACACCUUGGGAUAUUUUCUUGAUGCUCUUAUCGUUGAAUGAUGCUUACAUAAGCACGUCAAUGCCGGUUAAAAGAUUCUGUUUUCUGCUUAGUAAUUUGCAUUUGAAUGAUCAAACUAAAGAACCUAAAAAAGGAGAAGCUAAUUUCGACAAAUUAUACAAAAUAAGGCCAUUUAUUUACAGAAUUUCUGAAACUUAUACGCAAUAUUAUGAUCCAACCAGAGAGCAAUCUAUAGAUGAAAGCAUGGUAAAGUUCAAAGGCAGAAAUACUAUGAAACAAUACAUGCCUCAGAAACCCAUAAAACGAGAAUAUAAGAUAUGGGUAAGAUCAGAUAUGAAUGGCUACGUAUGUGAAUUUCAAAUUUAG